UGGUGGCAACCGUCCCCGUGGCAACCGUCCCCACGGCAACACUAACAACUCCUGCUUUGGAAAGGAGACGGAAAGAUGGUUGACAUCACGUCGGGUUUGGAGAGCCUGGAUGUGGGCUCCCUGCAUGGGAAGCAGUACGACCGGCUCCUGACAUUCAAGAUAAACACCAAGAUUGAGAAUGAGAGAUACCUGCGUUCCCACAAGGAAGUGGGGCUGAUGCUCUCCGGAUUCAUCAGGGAAGUCCUGCUGCAGAGACCAGAAAAUAUACGGGAGUUUGCGGCCGACUAUUUUACCAAUCCUGACCUCCCCGCGAAGAUCGAGAAAGAGAUGAUGGACAAAGCCAACGCCGCCAUUUGAGAACCGGAAAUCAAAAACUCCAAAAUGCGGUGUGUUUUUGCUCGUCGCUUUGUGUUCCCCACAAUAAGCUUUCCUUGCUCGGGAAAGCUUCCAACGGCUGCUUCGUUCCUUAUGUGUUUGUUAUAACCUCCAGUCUUUCAAUAAAGUUAGGAUUCCUGUAAA